CGAACAAAAGCAGAUUGGGACGCGUAAUCCCUCCACACCCCAAGAGAGGACAAACGAAGAUUAAUCGCAAAGUGUCGGCAACGAAGUGAAAGGCAAAACUGAGCAUUAAUUUCAGGGUCGAACCGAUGACGGACAUGCAGCUCCUUCGUCUUCACUACACGAACCUGAAGGUCUUAUGCAAGAUGCAUGACAUUAGGUACAAGGACAAGCCGCAAGCGAUCUCGGCAUUGAGGCAAGUUCCUAGAUUGAUCGCCUACAAGGGGCGAGACUUCAACCGGGAUUCUGAUAUUGAAACACAGAUCAUGCCAGAUCCAGAUAACAUCAGAGUGUCCAAUAAAAAUGCUGGCGACACAAGUGAGGAUGAUUACGAGAGCCUUAGUACAAGAUCAAGCGGGAGUGAUGAGUAUGACUCAUCUGACAAAUCUUCGAGCGCCGAAGAUCUGUCGGGAAGGAGGCGGCGCAGACACUCAUCAUCAUCUUCCGGAUCUCAAGGGAGGAAGCGCUCAAGAAGGGGGAGAUCGAAAACUCCGAGAGAUAGAAGACAUAAGUCAAAAUCACCAUCGUCACGGAGAAGAAGGGCGGAGUCAGAAUCUCCAAGGUGGUUCUGGAGACCAUUGUGGGAGCAAAGACGGAAUGAUUUCCCCCCACCGGGAAAUCGAGCGUGGUUUACGGCGGAUCUAAAGGAAGAAAUCUUUAAGCUCCGGUGGGAGAUGGACAAAGUUCUCAAGACACUGGAGCAACUCACACGAAAGACAAGUGAAAAGCAGCCAGCUCCUCCGUACAAGGAAGACACUGCAAAGAAGCCUGAGCUAACUCCGGACGCGCUCAAGUCCAUCAUUGAUGAAGCACUGAAGCCGACAGAGAUGAACCAAGGGGGACAAAAUCAAGCUGGUCCAAGCGCAACCGGUCAGAAGAAUGCAGAGGCGGAAGGUAAAGUAGAAUGGAUGGUAUCGGAAGUGCAGAAGGAGUUCAACAACCUGAAGCUACUAAAGUAUGAUCUGGCGGUUGUGAAGGGCGCGUUGCAGAAGAUCAAUGAACCGACUCGUACCUGCACUCCGAUCGUGUCCUCUUCGGUUCAUCCGAACGGAUAUCUUACCACCCGUAAGCUCGAGCAAUGGAUGGCAUGCAUGAAUCAGCCCUCCGAUAUGGUGGAUAUGGUGGAUAAUGAAUUCCUCUUGGAGAUGGCUGACGUCAUGAAGAGUGUGCAUCCUGCUUGCAUUACUGCUUGCCCGGCGAUGCAAGAGCCAAAAGACUGGAUGACCAGCACGUGCACGGGUGCGAUUUGGAAUGUGAACGGUGUGACGAAAAACCGGCAGGUCACAGGGCGUAUGAUCCUACUGGACGGCUGGAGUGAUCGGAGGAACAGACCGUACUUGAAUGUGAUGGUGUCCUCUCCGAUCGCCACCAUUUUGUGCAAGUCUGUCUGUGUUGAGGGGUUGGACAAGUACGCCUCAGCAUACUUCAGGAUUCUGGACGUUGUCAUUAAGGAGACUGGACCAAAGUCCAUGAUCAAGUCGCACCACCCUCAAGGAGACAACACAAAAGGCAAAGAGGAGGAGGAGGAGGAGGAAGAAGAAGAGGAGGAGGAGGAGGAGGAGGAAGAAGAAGAAGAAGAAGAAGAAGAAGAAGAAGAAGAAGAAGAAGAAGAAGAAGAAGAAGAGGCAAAGAGGAGGAGAAGCAGCAGCAGCAGCAGCAGCAGCAGCNGAGGAGGAGGAGGAGGAGGGGGAGGGGGAGGAGGAGGAGGAGGAGGAGGAGGAGACAAGGAGGAAGAAGACAAAGGAGAAGAAGAAAAUGAUAACCAAUGCAAGAUUAGAAAAUUAGUCUCCCGAACGUAGCUUAGUGCAUGGAAAAAUACAUCGAAGAACAGUGAACGAAGCAAGUUAACCGUGGCAUGAGCCAAGCGGUUUCUUCUGGCUGCCACACCAGCCCUGUGGGAUGAUGUUGGUGAUGGGAGUGAGGCAAACAUCGAAGAUGGCAGUGAGGCAACAACAAGGAGGAAACGCCAGAAAAUCGGGGAGAUCUUCACUCCAAUAGAUAGAGAAGUCAUUCUGACAGAUGAACCAAGAACAAGGAUCCUUCUGUCCAAGUGUUUCGCGGAUCAUGGUGCACAUUUCCACAAUUUUCCGGAACGAUUGAACCAAUGCAUGGGAAGUUUGUAGCAGAGAAGCGGGUGAGAAUCUUGCAAGUAGAGCUCACCACAGCAUGGUUGGAGCCUUGGAGGAACGAGCGAGUGGUCAUGGCGAUCUUCCAAGGAGCGGCGCGGAUCCGCCCCGUGAACGUAAGGGGGAGGAACGGACAAGAGCGCGUACUUUGAUAAAAUGGCUUCUACCGC